GGGGCGGGCGCGAAGAUGCACACGACCCAGAAGGACACGACGUACACCAAGAUCUUCGUCGGGGGGCUGCCCUACCACACCACGGACGCCAGCUUGCGCAAGUACUUCGAGGUCUUCGGCGAGAUCGAGGAGGCGGUGGUCAUCACCGACCGGCAGACGGGCAAGUCCCGGGGCUAUGGAUUUGUCACCAUGGCUGACCGGGCUGCUGCCGAAAGAGCCUGCAAGGAUCCCAACCCCAUCAUUGAUGGCAGGAAGGCCAAUGUGAAUCUGGCAUACUUGGGAGCAAAACCAAGGAUCAUGCAACCAGGUUUUGCCUUUGGUGUUCAACAGCUUCAUCCAGCCCUUAUACAAAGACCUUUUGGGAUACCUGCCCACUAUGUCUAUCCUCAGGCUUUUGUGCAGCCUGGAGUGGUCAUCCCGCACGUCCAGCCGACCGCAGCGGCCGCCUCCACCGCACCUUACAUUGACUACACGGGAGCCGCGUACGCACAGUACUCGGCGGCCGCCGCAGCCGCCGCCGCCGCCGCCGCCUACGACCAGUACCCGUACGCAGCCUCCCCGGCUGCCGCUGGCUACGUCACGGCCGGGGGCUACGGCUACGCGGUGCAGCAGCCAAUCACCGCCGCCGCACCUGGGACCGCGGCCGCCGCCGCCGCCGCAGCUGCCGCCGCCGCUGCCUUUGGCCAGUAUCAGCCUCAGCAGCUGCAAACAGAUCGGAUGCAAUAGGCCAGAACCUGAUCAAAGUCGAAUUGUUUCCUCUUUCCCGCCCGAUUUCCCAAUUUUCAGUAGCUAAUAAGAGUUAACAUUGACUUAACAGCUUUAAAAAAAAAAAAAAAAAAAAAAAGCUAUGCUAUUGUGAAGCAGAAUUAUGAUGAUUAUUUUUUUUAAUACUCCAGUAGUAGUUCUAGACGUGAAAGAGAUGAGAAUGAGGGGGGGAGUGGGCGCAGUUUUGGAAAUCAAUCCCAAAGAGCCUGAGUAAGUAAAAGGCCGCGACGAAACGGUGGCAGGAGGAAAAAUGGAACUUCACUUUUAUAACGGGAUUUUUACUUUUGCUCUUUUUAUAGUAUCAGGGAAGCAAACUGCCUUUUACCAGUUAGAAAAUGCUAUUUGAAUCCAGUUGAACCAGGGAAUACAGAGUGAGCAAUAUGUAGCUUGAAUUACAUUUAAAAGCAGAUUUUUUUUUAAAAAUGGUGAAAGCACUGAUUGUCAGUUUUAGCAGUCACUAUGGCCUAGAGAACUUUUUCAAGAAGGUAAUGUUCUUACUCUCAAAAAUGGGCAUCGAACAAUCAAUCUAGGAGCAUGGCAGUGGGUGAAAUGGUGGACAGGCACCAAAGCUAUUUUCUCAUCUACCCAGUGGAUGAGUGGGACUGUGAAACAAGUGAUGUGGAAUGAAUGGGUGCAACAGCUGUACAGACAAUCAAUAACACACACAGUUCUGGAAAGAACACAUCACUUGUGCUUGUUUGAUGAGCUUGUCACAUUCUAAUCCCUCUCCCCAUCCUGUUUCAAUUUUGGGAAACUUGUAUCUGCUGGUGUCAGCAAUUCUGAUUCUGAAAUAGGAUCAGGCUUUUACUACAACAGCCUUCUCUUUCUAUUUAUUGUGUCGACUCGUGGCUUAUGAUUAAAGGCGGGCAAAGUUUGCAGACUCUAAACCCUUAAGAACUGUCUUAAGGACAUUUAUUUUUUUCCCUUUUUAAAUAAUUUUACACUUUUUAGUAUCUAUUUCAGAGUCAUAUUUAAAACUAUUUAUUAGUGAAUACAGUACAUGAGACAACAAGGUUACUGAGAUUACAGUUCUUCAACAAUUAAUGAUAAUGUGGUUUAUACUGUGCCUUAAUAGUAAUGCUAUUUAAGAUAUUUAUUUUUAAGUUUUACUAUGCUGCACUCUAAAGAAAGGAACUUUAGAUGUGACACUGUAAAAUUAUGUAUUCAUCUCAUGGCAUAAAUUAUUUAGUAGGUCUAGAUGUAGCAUAUUAAAUAUUAACCUAUUCAACUAAAGAUGUUGACUUGGAUUUAUUUAAAUUCAUAUGUGCACUGUAUAAGAGAGUACUCUUACAUUAACACAUUUUAGUUUAGUUUAGUUUUUAGGUUUUUUUUUUUUUUUAAUUUUUAACAGGACCUAUUGCUAGUUUCAUGCUUCCUUCUCUGAUUUUUGCUCGUGUAGCUCUCAUUUAUUGGUACUUCAUUAGUUUAACACUCUUCUUAUGUAGUUUAUGUAGUUUUUAAAUGCUGCUUUACAUUUUUCUUCUGAAACUGCAAUACUUGCAAUUUUUAUUCUUAAAGUAAAUUGAAUACUAUUUUACACUGUAUUGGAUUUUUAUACUUGAACAAUUUCAUACAAGGGAAGACAGGUUAGCAUUUUUAUGGACUUUCUCCAUUAUCACUGGAUUUACUUUAAGUAUUCCCAUACUAGACAGUGUUAUGUAAUGUAGACAUGACUCUCCUGUGCAAAUUAUUUAUUCAUUGUGUAUAUUGCUUUAUAACAUUUCAGAUCUUCUAAUCUAUUCACUUGUAUUAAAUAUAAUUUUUAAAAA